ACCAGCCAGCCAGUCAACGAACUAAUGAACGAAUGAACGAACGCAUACCCUUGGGGACUCUGGGGCGUUCAAAUCCCGCGUAUAACCAUCCACUGAUCCAUCCACCCACUCCCCAGCCCACAAUAUGCAAAACGCACCUGAGACAGCAACCCCGUCGGAGUUGAGUUUCUUGACAUCAUCCCCACUUUGGGGGGCUGGUGUGUCUACCGUCUACCUACCUAUGGGUAUGAUGUGCCUGGGAGAAGAUGGCGCAUGUGUGGUGUGGUAUGGUGUAGUGUACCUGUACCUGUACCUGUACCUGUACCUGUACCUGUACCUGUACCGCUGGCUGCAUGCAUGCAUGUAUAGUUUUGCUUCUUCUAAUGUGCUUGGAGUGGUGAUUGGUGAUUGGUGUCAUGGCUUGGUGUUUGAUCAUGAUCACCGGAUACCUAUUCAUGCUAGGAGUACUGUGGUAGAAUACAUUUGUCAGAUGGAUAGAUAG